CGUGGCGAUAUACGAUACCAACCCUCGCCUUUUAUCGCCCAGCCAUAUCAUAUCCCCCCUUUCCUUUUUCCCUUCCCAAAUCGUCGAAACCCUAGCUCGCUUUCGCCGCCGAUCUCCCCCACCUCGCCGUCGCCAUGGGCAAGAAGCGGAAGCUCGAGUCCAAAUCCACUGCCGCUGCCAGGGCCGCCGCCGCCAAGGCCACGGCUGCUGCUGCCAAGAUCGCCGAGCCAGCGGCUCCCACCCCCCAGCCCGAAACCCUAGCCGAAUUCUACGCCCCGUCCUCCCAAACCGUGGCCCAGAAAACCGGAUCCGCCGCUGCGGCCACGGAGGAGAAGCCGCCCCAGGAGCUGGGCGGCGAGGAGGACGAGUGGGAGGAGGUGGAGGUGGAAGAGGAGGUGGACGAGGAGGAGCAGCAGCAGCAGGCGGAUGAGGAGGUGGACGAGGGCGAGAGCGACCCCGCCUCGAUCCAGGCGCUGCUGGAGGCGUUCCCCAAGGAGCAGCUCGUCGAGCUUCUCCGCGACGCCGCCGUCGGCCACGGCGACGUGCUCGCCGCCGUCCGCGCCGCGGCCGACGCGGAUCCGGCCCAGCGGAAGAUCUUCGUCCAUGGCCUCGGCUGGGACACCACCGUCGACACCCUCAAGGAGGCGUUCGGCCCCUACGGCGAGAUCGAGGACCUCAAGCUCGUCUCCGACCGUAACACGGGCAAGUGCAAGGGCUACGGCUUCAUCCUCUUCCGCCGCCGUGCCGGCGCCCGCGCAGCCCUGCUCGAGCCCCAGAAGAAGAUCGGCAACCGCACCACCUCCUGCCAGCUCGCCUCUGUGGGCCCUGUCCCGUCUGGCGGUGCGGCCAGCAACCCUAUGCUCGCUACAUCUCCAGCUCCAGCUCCGCCAGCGUUGGUACUGCCACCAGUGUCUGAGUACACGCAGCGCAAGAUUUUUGUCAGCAAUGUUGGCGCAGAAAUCGACCCACAGAAACUGAUGCAGUUCUUUGCAAAGUAUGGUGAGAUUGAGGAGGGUCCACUUGGGCUUGACAAGGCAACCGGGAAGCCCAAGGGGUUUGCUCUGUUUGUCUACAAGACCCUUGAUGGCGCCAAGAAGGCGCUGCAGGAGCCGCAUAAGUCGUUUGAAGGUGUUAUGCUGCACUGCCAGAAGGCAAUCGAUGGACCCAAACCCAACAAAGGUGGAGGAUAUGGUGCUGCCAGUACCAGUGGGAGGAAGGGUGCUGCUGGUUAUGGCGCCAGUAGCCAUUCUAUGGCUGGUAGCCUCGGUGCCGGUUAUGGGAUGUCAUCUCCAGCGAGCUUGGCUUCACUGCCUGGGGGUGUACCAGGAGGUCAAGGAAUGAAUCCUGUAUUGGGGCAGGCCUUGACAGCUUUCCUGGCCAACCAAGGGGGAGGGUUGGGUCUGAACAAUAUCCUUGGAGUUGGUCCAAAUGCUUCAGGAGUGCCAAAUUCAGGCUCUUCUGGAACUCUUGGUGGUGGCGGCGUGCCUGGUAUGCCAGGUGGCUAUAUGGGUGGCUAUGGAGGUGGUGGUGGGUAUGGCGGUCCACCGGGAGGCCCAGGAAGAAAUUACAUGGGUCAUUAGUUGGUAAAGGAUGAGUAGGAGGGAUGUUGUCAUGGAGGUGGUAACCCUGUUGGAAGGGAUAAAUAGCAGCAUUCAUGAAGGUGGUAGUGCUGUUGGAAGGGAUGAAGCAGCAGCAUACUUCUGUCAACACAGACGACUAGAGAUGGAAGAAUGUAGCAGGGCUGGCCUGUUCGCUGUUGCGACUCACUCAGUAUCUCUUACCACCUCUCCUGGCCUCUGCCAUAUAUGUAAUAGCUACAUUGCGACAAGGAGAAGCUGCUGAGCGUGGCGAGGAGGGUGAGGGAGGAAAGCAUGAGGCAGCACAAGGAAUAGGAGGAAGAAGAGGUACAGCUGACUGAGUGGUGAGUGACGACUAAGGAGCUUCGCCUGGUUAGCUUCCUGUCUUUCCUCACUGGACCUUGUUCCUUGCCUUCCCCUUCUCAGUAUAAUAUAAGUAGCUGCAGUGGAGGAAAUCUAUGAGAGAGUAUUAUAUCUGUAAUCUGUUCAAUUUCUUUUGCUUUGGUUCUCACAA